UUGCGUUGUUUUGUUUUAUGUUAUGGAUAAUUGAGGUUAUAAAAUUAUUUUAGUUCGUUCGUGUAUUGCAGUUUUUAAAAUAUUCAUGUUUACUGUUUCUAUGCCUUACUUAGCAAAAUGAGUGACUCCGAUUCUGACGAUGGCAAUACGAUCCGUUAUGGUACUCCCUUGGAACCAUACGAAGAAGAUGAGAUACCUUCGAAACGAAAGUAUCAACAGCCGCCGGAUCAGUACGCAGUCGAUGCCCAUGGCCGCAGGAGGUUCCACGGGGCCUUCACUGGGGGCUUCUCAGCAGGGUACGGGAACAGUGUGGGGACGCCCGAGGGAUGGACCCCGUCGACUUUUAAGAGCUCGCGGGGUGAAAAGGCUCUGGUUGCUAGUCAAAGGCCAGAAGACUUCAUGGAUGAAGAGGACCGCAGUGAGUUUGGCAUCGCACCUCGGCAGAUGCAAACACAAAGCGAAUUCUCUGGACAAAAACGUCAGAGGCAACUGAGAUACCACGAUGGACCUAUACCGGGUGAGCCGGUCUUAGAACAACUAGUGAAGGCGGUCCAUGAGACAGCUGCUGUGAAGAUGUUGCGCGCGAUGGGCUGGAGACCAGGUCAGGGCACGGGGGACAGAAUCACCAGGGCCGAGAAGAAGAAGGGAAAGGAACAGCAUAAAGUUUAUGGUUGUUACAUGCCAAAGGAUUUGAGAGAGAAUCCCCAACAAUCUUCAGAAGACAGUGACUCAGACUACGACGUCGAGACGCUAUUCGCGCCAGACGAUUAUGAACCUUAUAUCCUUCGUCGUAAGGACGACCGCUUCGGUCUUGGGUACUCUGGUCUGAGCAGGCAUUCUGUCCUCGGCAGCUUGGCAGGUGAAUAUGGAGCGGGAUCUUCUAAAAGUCAUCUGCAGAUGAAAGAUAAGGGAAAGAAGGUGUCGAUACGCGGUCACGCUUUCGGCGUGGGCGCAUUCGAAGCGGACGAUGAAGAUAUAUACGCGUCCGAGGAUAUGUCCCACUAUGAUUUCGAGCUCGGAGGUCCUUCCAUGGAGAAGAAGAAGAAACCAAUCAAACAGCCUGGUGGCAAGGUGCUAGAAGGCUUCGUGAAAGCCACGAAGCCCCUGCCGUCGGUCCCCACAUACCCGCCGCCGGCGUUGCCCCGCGACUACGUGCCCGCGCCCGCCGCCGGCCGGAGGUCCAGGUUCGAACCCACUGAUAAACCGCAGCGGGAUCAGGGUCUGGGCCGUCACGAGCUAACAGCCGAAGCGAGAGGCGCACUACUCGGCGAAUCGCCCAUACCCCCACCACGACCGAACUUACCUCCACCACAAUCGGACGUCCCCCCACCAAAAACAGACCCUAUAGCCGAACUGCUCGGCAGAAACGUCAAUUUCGUAACACACACAGAGGAAAAUAAAGAAAUAGAUUUUAUACCGAUAAAGGAUUCCGGUAAAGAAAUUACAAAAGUAUUUAAACCUUUUAUGAGUAACCCGAAGAAACAAACGAGGUAUGAACUGUUCUUGAAGGACAAAGAGGCGUAUAUGAGGGAGGGGGAUAGCGAUAUGGACAGACUGAGCGAGUGGGAGAGGAAUAGAGAGAUAGUCGAGUUCGAACAAGCGGCGAAAUUGUAUAAGCCGUUGACGGGGAUAAUGAAUGAUAGAUUUACACACGCAUCCGAGCCGGACGACAGCACGAAUCCUCUAACAGCUGUCGCUAAGAGUAUUAGCCGCGGCGGGCUCGUCCCCCCCGAGGCGCGCGAGGCGGCCUCGCGGGGCGAGUACGGCGCGGGCACGAGGCGCGAGGCCGCCUGGAGGCCGGACCCGCUGCUGGCCAAGAGGUUCAAUGUGCCGGAGAUUGGUGGCGUUAGAUCGGAACAGAAGAAAGAUGACAAGCCAAAAGUGUCGUAUUCCAUAUUCUCCUACCUAGAGUCUUCAGUACACGACAAAGACAGCUUUGCCAAAGAACAAACACAAUUUAGUGGAUCGAAAUCUAUUAAUAUUGAAACAAAAAGCAGAGGAAAAGUGUCUGAAACAAAUGCUAGUAAAAGUAGUGAGGAUACGGAGAAUAAUAAAACGCCACCAAAUAACAUAGACACUGGUUUCAAUAAAAGGUUGACAGUAGCAGAGCUCUUUUUAAAGGAAUCGGAAAAAGACUUGAAUGAAAAACAAAAUGGCGUUGAAGUGACUGAUACGAUAGAGAAAUUUGAUAAAAUGGAUUUGUACAAAUCUAUAUUUUUAAGCGAUAGCGAAGAUGAAGAUGUUGCUGCACCUAUCAAUAAUGAAAUAAGUGAUUUUAGUGAGUUUAUUGACACGCCUAAAAACGUGGAGAGGAAUACGUCACCGCCAAGAGGUAUUUUUGCUAACAUUGACUUCGACGAGAUUAAUUCUUGGAAGAGGAAUGUUGAUAUUAAAAAACCUAGUGAUAGAGACACUGUUAAAGACCCAGUUAGUGUUGCCAGUGCAGAAAAAUCCGUUGUCAAUAAAGAAACGGAGAUGAUUGAAGCAACUGAGACGUACGGCCCGAAAAUACCCGAAAAUCUUCAGAAAAGAUUAGAAGAAAAUAGUGAAACUACUUGUACUGAUAAUUUCAGACCUGUGUUUAGGAGUAAAGGUGUAAAACAAACGGAUACAAUAGAAAUUGAUUCGUCGUCAAGUGCUGAUUCUUGGGUGGAGGUGAAAGAUGAUAAAUCAAGGAGGCAAAAGAAAAAAAAGAGUAAAAAACAUAAGUCUAAACAUAAGAAAUCUAAACAUAAAAAGAAAGAUCGCUGAUAAUAAUAAACAAAAUAUAA